GGCUACAGGGCGGCUGCCGGUCUGGCAGGCAGGGGGGCUGGCUCCUGCUCUGACUGCUCGGGAGAUUCUCGUCUCCGGGGCAAUCUGGCGAUGAGUGCUGUUAGGGAGUGUGCUGAAGGGGCAACUUGAAAACUUCGCUGCGUCCGUGCAGCACAUUUGAGCCAGCGGACGCUACAUCGGAGGAGCGGCCAGCCCAAAACGGUGCUCGACGGAGCGGGAACGUCGCGGGGUUUCUUUCAACAGCGUUGAUUUCCGGCCAACAUGGAUGAUUUAGAUGCUUUGUUGGCAGACCUCGAAUCCACGACAUCCCACAUUUCCAAAGGUCCACUUUUCCUGUCUGAUGAGACGGCCUACUCCCUCCCUGUCGGAGGUCAGGCCCAGCAAGACGUUGGCUUUUCACCCCAAGGCCUACCCAAUCCCUCUGAGAAAACACUCAAUGGAAUCCAGGAAGCAGACGCAAAUGCUCUCUCCAGAGAAACCGGCAGUCCACCUCAACACCCUGGAGAAGAGGACCACGUGUACAGUUUUCCUAAUAAGCAGAAGAGCAGUGAAUCUUCACCUGCCAUUAACCAGUCAUUUGGCAACAACCUGUCAGAGCUGGACCGCCUGCUGCUGGAACUCAACUCCGUCCAGCAAAGCACCACCGCCUUCCCUACUGAAGAAGAGGCACCCCCGCCACUGCCUGCUGGCAUCGUGGUCCAAAGUAUUCAGGAGAACGGAGUGUCCGUUCCAUCCCAGGACUCGCCACCGCUGUUGGAAAAGCCCAAACGCGGUGCUGCGGUUCGGGGAAUAGAAGAUGUACGGCCAAGCGUGGAGAGUCUUCUGGAUGAGCUGGAGAGCUCCGUGCCCUCAACCAGUCCGACUCCCUUGUUGGUAUCGGAUGGGCAGAUUGAUGGACAGGAAACACAAGGACAACAACAAGCGAGAAUGUCCGCGUCCUCGGCCACACGGGAGCUCGACGAGCUGAUGGCCUCCCUGUCGGACUUCAAAGUCCAAAGCAAUGAAGUGGUAGACCCUUCAUACCCUGCGGACUCACCGAUGAUAACUCCUGACUCUCGGUCCACAGUUACCCAAAUCGACUCGUGUGUGGAUAUUGAUACGUUAUCUUGUUGCACCACACCCCCCUGUACUCCUCAUCCAUUGGAACUCCACAUAGAUGAAGACGGUUGUUCAAGCCCUACCUUGACCGCUGGUUCGACUGUCACGGUUGCAACGUCCAGAAAAGAAGUUGGCGGCGUUGUCACUUCAGAGAUCUCCUGUUUUGAGAGCUUCCGUGGUUCGAGUACGCCAGAGCAACUCAUUGAAACCGAACUCGGUUGCUCAUCCAGUCCAUCGGUCAAUCAAGUCUCUGCUAAUGAAGCCUCAAGUUCACUUGGAAAGAAUUCACGCAGUUUCAGUUCAGGCCCUGCUGCUCGGAAACCCUGUUCAGUUGAUGUUUCUAUCCCAAUUACACUUAGUUUGUCCAAACAGUCUAGUCUAACUUCGAGUCUAAGCUCCAGUCCUAAAGAUUACAGUCCAGAACCUGCACACCCUGGCCAAGAGGUACUUGAAAAGAAAGAACGUCCAGUCACGGCAACAACUCCAGAAUCAUCGCCAAUAUCGAACGGCCCAGUCACUGUUCCAAAACUAUCAGGACAGGUUUCAAGCCAUGUUCCCAAGAGUCCAGUCUCAAUUCCAAGGCUCUCUAGUCCAGUCCCAAAGCUUGCGAGUCCAGUGACUGUCCUCGAUGUCUCACAAACCGAUACCAAAAGUUGUACUCCAGAAUUCGUCCCUCAGACUGCACAGCCAGUAAUACGUCCAAAGAUUUCGAGUCCAGCAACAGUUCGAAAAAGCCAAAGUACAGCUCCAAGGAGUCCUGCUUUAGUCAUCAAAAGGACCUACGCACUUGCAGAUACGAGGAGUAGUUCAUCUUCCCCUACAACCACAUAUCAGCCGAGUGAAAUAAUGGAGCUCUCGUGGCCGUGCCGGGAGCCUGUAUUGGAUAAUGCCUUAGAUCAACUUCUAGCACUCGACUUGACUCAACCAGAUGAAAAGCAACCGCCCAGUUGUCUUUCGCCCGGGGAUGAGAGCGGACCAUGGGAUGAAGAUGACGCCACUUACCUGGAUGCGAGCCGAGAGGGGACCCUGACACCAAUGACUGAAGCCAGUUGGAUCGAUGAGUGUUUCACCCCCUCCACCAGCCCGGGGACACCAGAUGCAACGUUGGAUCUGCCAACGCUGCAGCCGUCUGCCAUCGAGCGUUUGUCAGCUUCUGGCCAACUCAAGUCGGUUAUACGUCGCACCAAAGAGACGUCCAACGUGCAUCCCAUGUACAAGGACGGAGUCGUGCGGCGUAAAAUGGGACCGGUCAUCGUGAAUAAGAGUCAGUCGCAAGAUCGGCUCAUCGAGGAGCUGGAGGGGAAAUUGGGGAUCGGCCGGGUGCGACGCCGGCGUAAACAACCGCCGGAGGAGUGGCUGACGGAAGGAGUCGUCGUGAUGUCAAACCCGCAGCGAAUACGCAAAGAAAGGGCCCUGCCACCGGUGGAUAAGAUCAUCAUCCCUCCCGAGUCUCCUGUCCCUCAGAGAAAAGUCCUCUCCCCUCCGAAGUCCCCCGCAACUCCCAAAAAGAUACCUCCAGUAAAACAGACCCCGCCGCCGCUACCCCCACCCCCUCCGACGCCUCCCGAGGAGCCUACUCCUCCCCCAUGGGAGUCCACGCCUCCUCCCGUGCAGGCCCCUCCAUCGCCAAGCCCCCCACCCAAGCCCAUCACACCACCUCUACCCCCCAAGGUUUUUGUAUCGGUGACCUGUCAGACCGAGUAUGACGCCCUCUUCCCACCUAUGCAGAUCCAGUCCCAGGGAAUGACUUCUCCCACCGGACCACCGAAGCCCGCCAAUAAACUGGACAACAUGCUGGGGAGCCUGCAAUCCGACCUGAACAGACUGGGAGUCCAGACUGUGGCUAAAGGCGUCUGUGGUGCCUGCAAGAAGCCCAUAGUUGGACAGGUGGUGACUGCCAUGGGAAGAACGUGGCACCCCGAGCACUUUGUGUGCACCCACUGCCAGGACGAGAUCGGCUCCAGGAACUUCUUUGAGCGCGAGGGGCAACCUUACUGCGAGAAAGACUAUCACAGUCUUUUCUCGCCGCGAUGCCACUACUGUAACGGGCCCAUCCUGGAUAAAGUGGUGACUGCUUUGGACAAGACUUGGCAUCCCGAGCACUUCUUCUGUGCCCAGUGUGGAGACUUCUUUGGGCCAGAAGGGUUUCACGAGAAGGAUGGCAAGGCCUUCUGCAGGAAGGACUACUUUGACAUAUUUGCUCCUAAGUGCGGAGGCUGCGCCCGAGCCAUUCUGGACAAUUACAUCUCCGCACUCAACUCGCUGUGGCACCCCGAAUGCUUCGUCUGCAGGGAGUGCUUCACGCCGUUCAUAAACGGCAGCUUCUUUGACCACGAGGGUCAGCCGUACUGCGAGGCGCACUACCACGAGCGCCGCGGCUCGCUGUGCUCGGGCUGCCAGAAGGCCAUCACGGGCCGCUGCAUCACAGCCAUGGGCAAAAAGUUUCACCCGGAACAUUUUGUGUGCGCUUUCUGCCUCAAGCAGCUCAACAAGGGCACCUUCAAGGAGCAGAAUGACAAGCCCUACUGCCACAGUUGCUUUAUCAAACUCUUCAGCUAGACUGUGCACCUUUCCUCGCUCUUCUACAACGCACACAAUUGUUUUUCUACCACACGCAUGAGUCUGAGACACGGUGGGUCACAUGAUUACAAUUUCCUGUUUGCGACUUCUGACACCGAAAGGAUUUUCUUGCCUGUCCAAACUCAGGAAUUUGGCUAAGGGUGUUUGAUGAGCCAGCCCAAAGAGAUUUUUUUUUAAAGUCAUAAUCGUGUCACGCAACAAAAGAACACAUGGUCCCGCUCGUGUGUCGUGUAAGUUUAAUACGCGUCGAAGGGUGAAUGUCGCCGUAUUAACGGUUGGAUUCCCCCAAGUACAGAACGAGACUUUAAACCACAUGAUCCGCCUGUGUUCAAACAGUCUUUUGGAAGUUUGAGUCAGCCGCUUAACUGAAUGGAGUGUGCAGAGCUGUUAGGGCAAUUUGUGUGGCCAAUUGGUGUGAAUGACAUCAACAAAACCUCCAAGCAGUUGUUGUCUUUGCACUCUCCAAACACAGAUCUCUUGAUGGGAUUGUCACAUGGUGAAUUUUACUAUCUAGUGUGUUUUUUCCAAAUAAUUUUUCUACUCUAAUGUCAAAAAGAAAAGAGAUCCUAUGUUUACUGGCUUGAGGUGCUUAGGUACCUUUUUACAACUUAAGGUGUAAUCUAUGUAAGUUGAUAACCUACUGGUGACUCUUGUACAUGGGUUAUUUUAUACCACCGCCCCUUAUCGCCCCUAUUUUUUUCCCCUUAUUAUUGUGCCAUUCACUUUGAAAUAGGUCACGCUUUAUGAUGUUUGACUAUUGAGUGAGGCAAUUUAAAUUAAAAAAAGGAAAUGCAGAUAUUUUACAUCUGCAUUCAUGCACAAUUUCUAGAAUUGCAACAAA